GAAACAGGAGUAGAAACUUGCAAAGACACCAACGAGGUCCAAUGUCCUAUUUGGGCUGAUAGAGGCGAUUGCGAAACAAACCCGCUCUGGAUGAAAGUAAAGUGUCAGAAAAGCUGCAACACUUGUGGUAAUAACCAUUUGCUUUAAGGCGUGAUUACGAGUUGUAAUAUGCUCCAAAUCCUAGAGAAAAGCAAUACGGUAGUAAUUUGAUGACCUCCGAAACAUUGGUGGCUGCAGGAUCACGGUGUCAAGUCAAAAGAGCCCAAGAAAACCUAAAAGAACGUAAAAAAUCUAAAUUAUAGGUUGUAAAAUUUCCUUUUAUUUCGAAUUCAAAAUAUUGCGAGAGCAGAAAACCAGCUCUCGGCUCCGUUUUUAGGAUUACUUUUGAAAGGAAAAAAUACUGAUGCACAAGGGCAACGCGAUGUCUUUUAAUUUCUUUUUAUACAUUACAAAGCAAAACAAUUUAGAAAGAGUGUAAAUGCAAACAAACAAAUUAAAGCAAGUAAUCAAAUGACUGAACAAGAAAAUUUGCAUGAAAGUGCUGAGGGCUAUGGAAAUGAACUUGUGACAAUAUCAAGGGGAGUUUUCUUUAAUUUCGUAAUUUUUUUUUUCGUCGUUAACGUUGUUUUUUAUUUGUUGUUGUUGUUGUGAUACGCGUAACCCGUUUUUUCUUGCCAGGGUGCGCAGACUCGAACGUCCAAUGUCCCGAAUGGGCUAAACGUGAUAAAUGCUUUAAUAACCCGCAAUGGAUGAAGCUUAACUGUAGGUUGAGCUGUGAGCAGUGCCAAGAGCCGCAGACAGAGGUAAGACUUUGAUGACCCUUUUUUUCAUUGCUUAGCCCGGUAGCUGGAUAUGAUGAAAAUUCCUGACAGCCAGUAGUCUUGAUUAUCCAUUUAAUCUAUUUGAAAGACUUGGGUACAAAAUGACCAACAAAAAGUAUCAUCUUUACCUGAACUCAUUAGGCUUUCAUCAGAAAUAGAUAUCUUUCAAUCUAGAAAUUAGGUCAGGGUUUUAAACAUUUCUACUAAAUAGAUGGCUUAACAAAGCCGUUUAGUUCUGAAAUAGUUUUACAGGAUGAUACUUAAAAUAUCCCCUAUAGGCAGACACUAAAAUGUGUUAUUUAGUUUCGCAAGCAUGUGAAAAUGUUCCGAGAGGCGCCAUGGAAUUUGAUCCUCCUAUACGAACUGUUGGUGUUUGUUGCGGUUUAACGCAUCAAAAUAAAAGCGGACUGAAACCACGUUUAGAAUUCGUUAGUUGGCUCCAGGAAAAGCGCUUGUUUUCACAAAAGCCUAAAAAAAAUUUGAAAAGCUGAAACAUGGCUCACCCCCCUACAAGAUGAAUAAUAACUUUAGAACCGAUGAAAAAAGAUGUGGGUAGAUUCUCGAGGGUUUAGAAAGUUUCAUUGAAGAAUUACCUGGGUCGCCAUUCUAUUGAAUGUUGAUUAAAUACACAAGUUGGAACUAAGGAAAUUUCGAGAAUUCAAUAUCAGCUAGCCAAACGUCAAUUAACAAAAAACAUGACUUUUUUGGUGUCGUUGUUUAUUCUAAUAGAAUGCCAGUUCAGCUAUAUCUUUAGCUCUAAUGAUGAUAAUAAUAACAAUAAUAAUAAUAAUAAUGUUUUGCAUAUCAAACUCAGCACAUCACUUCCAUUUUGUCUCUUUAUUGAUAGGCUUGAGUAACAAAGGAAAGAAAGACUUCACAGGAAAACUUUUUCGCAGUACAGAGGCCGAGCUAAAAAGUAUAUUUGUAGAAUCAUCAAUAAAAUUGAUUAUUCUCAUGCAUCUUAGUGUGCGUCCGCUGUUAUCUAUUCAUCUAUGCUUAUUUUUUUGAACGCAAAUGUCCGUUUUAAUCCCAGUGUGCUGCUGGAAGUGCAAAGGGGUUUCAUAACCCGGGUAACCCAUAA